GGCGAGCGAGCAGCCGCGGGCCCCGGCGGGGAGGGCAGAGCGGCAGCCGAGCCCGCAGCGGCAGCGCCAUGGCCACCAAGGUGAGCGGCUCCCGGCUUUGCACGGGGGCUCCGGGGCGCCCCCUGCGCCGAGCGGGCCCCGCGGAGGGGUCGGCGGCCGUAGCUUCGCUCGGGCACCGAGGGAGAGAAGGAGGGUUCCGUUUCGGGGUCUGGGGAGCGAGUCCCCUCCCCGGGCCUGCCCCUCGCCGCCGGGAGGGGAGGAGGGGGCUGCCGCCGCGUCGCGCCGCGCUCGGGCCUCGCCGCCGCCCGGCCCCGCGCAGGCUUCGGAGCGGCAGCGCCGGCUCCGAAGUUGUUUUCUGCUGGAUUUCCGUUCCUCGCCUCGCCCGGCGUGGCUGCAGGGACGGAAAGCGGCUCGAGGCCGGGCCGGUGCCGCCCCGUGCCCCUGCCCCGUGGCUGCCGGGCGGUGCGGAGGGAAGGCCUGCGCGCUGCUGGGCCCGGCGUCCCGUCUACCCGCCCCGAGUCCCGCCGCCUGCCCGCCGGGGGGAUGCGGGGGCUCCGAGGGCUGCGGCGGCGCGGCGGGCACGGCUGGCGUGCGGCUGCGGCCGGGCUGAGGGGCGGGGGGCUGCGGGCUGCCCCGCACAGGGAACUGCGGGCUGGGGAGGCCGUGAGGGCCGGGGCAGCUCUCCAGGGCUGCGGCGUGCGUCUUGCUCUAGUAGUAACAAGGUCUGAUUGAGAGGGAAAAGAAAAAGAAGGAAGUGAAAUUGUUUUGCUUUGUUCUUCAACAGUAUCUGCUAUUAACGCGACAGUCGAAAUUAGCCCAUCCUAUCUGAAACUGAUCUCUUUCUAAAUUAACAAUACUUAUUUACUAUACUGGUUGAUGAAAGUGGCAGUACUGUUUUGUCUCUGCUCGUGUAGAUGGGUAAACGUCAUUUCCAAGCUGUCUAAAUAUUACAAGAGGCUUUUUGGCAUUUGAAGUAAUACUUUCAGACUGAUCCGAUUCCGAAACUUGCCCAGCCGUGCAAACGCUUUGUUUUACUGAGGCACCUGUCGUACAGCACGCUGCUUGCGUGGCGUUUCUCAGUAUCAGAGAAUUCCCGCAUCUUCAAUGGGUAGGAUUUGAUGGCUGAGUAGCAGUCUCCAGCCGUCUGAGCAGAGGGUUACUCACUCACCUUUCAGUAGACCUUUUCAGGUGCACCGAAGAAGUGAUGUAGGCUUCAACAUCAUUCAUGCGGUUGAAGAAGUAUUAAUAUAAGUGAAAUUUAUGGCCUGCACAGGUUUUUAGAAUAUUGUUAAUGGACUUAGUUUCAUUGUUGGUGGUUGCCGCUGAUUUGUGGGCUGUGUGUCUGAAUCAUGUGUAAGCACACGUAACUACUGCAGGUAGCAAUAAAAACAAAAUUACAGGUGUAGAUGUAAAGCAUAAUACAUGGUAUGCUAAGCAGACACUGUGUUCAAAUAGUUUAUGGGGUUUUUUACCUCACUUUGAGCUGCAGCAUCAUCCCUGUGAGAUCUCAUAACGCUGUUUUAUCCGUGUAUAUGGAAGCUUUCACUUUUUGUGAAAUAAAUUGUUAUGGUCAUUAUGGCCUUAGAAUGAAGGACAUGUCACUUCUCAUAGACUAGCCAGAACCGUAUUGAAAUCAGAUGGUGCAAGAUUCUGCACUUUGCAAGAAAUAGUAAUUUAUUUGCAUGCUGAAAUUGGGAAGUGAUAGCAAAAGCCUGACAUCUUUCUUUUUAAUAUUAUUAUCUCGAUUCGCUGUUAACAGUGAAUUACUGAAGAGAAGCCUGCUUUAUUUUCUUUGAGCUUCACCCAUGAGUUAGGUCCCUUUCAGCUCAUUAUCCUGCUGUGGAUUUUAAUUUGCUGAACUUGUUCAAAUGUCAGCUGUAAUAAAGGAUACCUUCUUUUAACGGUGUAAGGGAGUGACAGGCUCAGUAAACAGGCUUUAGGAACUCGGCCAACUAACAAGUUACCAUUUCGCUUGGAAAUUGUUUUCCUUUUGAAGUUGCAGACGUGUUUGCCACCUUCCGCUUGUUCUCCUUCUGAAGCAUAUCAGAAUUACACAAGAAAACGUUGACAAAAUUGAACUGUAACUGGUCAGCUGGAGUGUGAAUUUCAGAAACGUCCAUGACGUGACAACCUGUAUAGCUGGUGGGGAUGACUGAGUCAGAUGCGGCCUGCACUGCACAGCCUGUUUGGUGCUUCCUGAACUAACUCCUGUUUAAACUAGAAUAUACUUUACAAGGAGAAAAUGGCAUUUCUUCUGUAAUUUGUGUGUGAACUCUGGCCAGUCUUCUUGCCUUCCUCUGUGAUAAACCGUGUGGCUUAAGUUCCCAGCGUGCUCUGAAGAUGUGGUUUAACCUCAUCAUCUCUUAGCUGUUCUCUGUACCAUUUAAUGAGAUUUCUUACUGAAAUACUAAAACUUUCUGGGGCAGUAACUACUAUUUUCAUGCAAAAAAAAGAAAGCCUUUAUUGAUGCUCUCCUGAUGUAUUAGUUAACUUGCAGCAGGGCAGGGAUACUGUAGACCCCACAUCCUCUGAAGGCUGUGGGGAUUCAGCCUGGUGGUGGGAGCUGACCUCGCAGCUACACUGGAUAUGUUAGCCUGGAUCCUUCAGUAAUGGAGUUGAACUUACUAAUUCCUAAUUUUUGACUGUGCAAUAAAAAGGCAAAACGGGCUUGAGCUUAAAAGUGCGUAAUGAAGCUUAAAAAAAUUCCAAAACCCAGUUACAAAGAAAAUGAAAUAUCGUAAAUGUAUGUCUCUCGUAGAUGCUUGGAAAGGUUUCCAGUCAGGUUCUCUCAUUCUUAAUGCUUUUGUGCUUUCUGUCUUGGCUUCUUUGGCCUUUCCUCUUUCCGUGCUGCAGUUUGCAAAGUCCCAGCUUUACUCAUGCCCUUUCUUUUGUUUUUGAGGUUCAUUGAAUAGGGAGAGUCGCAAACAUCAGGAAGUGAUAUGCUGCCUUUUAAUAAUGUGCUCCCUACUGUCAUCUAUUUUUAGAGGCGUUUGUUUAAAAAGGUAGGCAAGUCUGUUUCUUGCACAGGCUGAUGCUUUGCCCUUUGUGAAGCCUGAAUUUCAGGAUGGUAUCAAGGGAAUUGGGUAGGUGAGUGUGUGCAGAUGGUCAGGACAGCACUUCUGGAACCUGUGCUGCUAAACAAUGCGCAAUGAGGGGUUUAAUGUUUAAGAUGGAGGUAGAACUUGGAGCUGGUUAACUGAUUUAGAGGAGAAGUGCUAUUGGUGAAGUUACUUUCACAAGCUAGGCAGGCAUUGGUAACCUUCACUAGGUUUGACUCCACUUGGUGUCAGUAUCAACCAUUUUUACUUUGUAUCAUUGGGGACACCUCUAUCUCAUCAGGAUGUUCUUGCUUGUUCACUGGUGUGUCUACUUCAGGAACUCUUCUUUAGUUGUUUGUGAUUCUGUUCAUAGGUCUGGGCCCUUUUUCAUGGGAAGAAGUCCACUGAGGUGAAAGAUCUUAGGCUGGAUAUUUUGUUCUUAAAAGAAGACGGAUAUAACUAACAAUACAUAAAAUUUUGCUGUUUAAGGCUUUGGAUAGCUUUUGUGAAUGUCGUUAGCUAGAUAUACUUGAAUUUAGCAUGAUUCUUCUACUUGUGCUGAGGGAAGAUUGUUUUAUGUCUGAAAAAACCAGAUAGGAAAAAAUACAGUACUUUGGACUUGCUCAUGUAAGGCUCACCAACAGAAGCCUCGCAGUUUUGUUCCAAUCGUUGUGAAGCUGUUUGUAUAUUUACAUAAUGAAUCAGGCAGAAACAAUUCUUUGUUCUGAUUUGCAGCUGGGAAGGGAAAUAUCCCUCUGUGCCAAGGGCUCCAAACUUUGCGUUAUGAGAAUCUGCCUUCUGUAUUGUCCUGACUUUGACAGUACAGAGCCUGUUCUAAGAAAUUGAAUCUUAGGAAAAUAUUCAGUUAAUCAAUCUUAAUAUUAUCUGUGAGAUGGGAUGAACUUAUACUAUGCGGAUUGCUUUGGUGUGUUCCACUGUUUAAAUUCAGCAAAGCAAGAUUUAAUUGACGAUGAUUUCAUUUACAAACUUAAGAUGCAAUGGAACAAAACUCAUUAUGUUAAGUGGUCAUUUUGGUUUUAUGGUCUUAAUCUCCUGGAAAUGUUUUGUUAAGCUGUAAUUAAGUAGGUGUGAAAAUACUUCUUGAGACUUUUUAAAAGUGGCAACCAUAGUACCAGAAAAGGUGAAAACGUUUUGAGGUAAUGCAAAUUUACCUCAAAUACCUGACCUAUUGAUACAGUGAGAUGUUAGGAUGAGCUCAGCAAGGCAAGAAAUAACACCAUCAUUUUUUGUGAAGGUUCAGAUUUUUCCAUUCUUCUGUCUUUAACCUUAAGGUCUUUUAACAGUUCGGUGACAAGUGAGUUACUUUACAUUCCAGCAAUUGUUAGUGCAAGGCUUCUCUUAUGAGCUCUUGGGCUGGCAAGCUGGCAGGGUGCUGAGGUUCUUUACGAUGUUAUGCUCAGAUAAUGAUUGCUCUGACUCAGUUUUUCAAAGCUAUUUUAGGCACCUGGGCAUUGAGUCAUCAGGGACUCGUUACCAGAGGUCGUCAUUUAAAAAUACAAUUACAGUAGUGAGAGAGAAGGAACUCUGGUAUCAGAUGUUACGAGCGUCAUCUGGUCUAUAGACCGAGUGAUUCAGAUUUUCGUUCUGGUCUGAUUUUUUCCACAUAUCAGCAUCAUUUCAGCAAGAAGUCUUUACUGUUAACUGUGGCUUUGGAAUGAAGAUUAUUUUGCCCCAUUCUUUCCACGUUUUCCUUUGCAAAUUGUCUUCCUCUUUUAGAACCUCUGUUUUAAAUGCCUUCAAAAAUCGCUUUCAAUACGAACAUCCCCGCGUUGUUCUGUUUAUGAAAACUUCCUUAUUUGAUUAGGACAGCUGGCAAAUUUCAGAAAUGAAAGUUUACAGAGGGAACGCGAUACGGGAAUUUUGCUAUUCUAAAUGGAUCGGUUCCAUCCUGCAUUGUAUUUACCUGCAGUUGCAACACUAGCGUUGGAAGCAGUGCUGCAGAACGUUACAAAAGCAGGUUGUAGGGAGUGUAUAUAACAGUGGGAGUGAUUUGUUUCAGCCAGCACUGCAGUAAGGCCGAUCAACGCUGAGAUAACCGGAAUUAUUUAAGUUAAAUAACUGCUGCAGCGGUCUACAUUUAAAGCUAAAUCUUUCCUAUUUCAAUGCAUGUUUUGCAGUUGGACUGUCACUCAGCUUCACUUCAAACUGUUCUGAGAAGGGCAAAAAUCAGAGCUUGUGCCAUUGCUUUAUUUAGUUGUAUCACAGCGUUGUCAGCGAUUUGUGAUCAAAAAGGAGCUUCCCAAGUCACUUCAAGUUUAAAAGGCAAAGCAUUCCUGUCCUGAUUCCACAAGCAGAACUUCAGUGCUACUGAGCAGAAGGCUGUGCGUAUUGCUUACUGGAAAAUUACACUGAAGUUCUGAGCCUUAUCGUUUUUUCCAAAGUGGUUUUUCUCAUUGAGCUUCAUAUGGCUAAGGAACAUCUGCCAAAAAAAAAAAAAAAAAAGGCAAUUAAAAGCAGAAUUGUUUAACUUUGACAAUUCAUCCUCUGAGACCCGCAGCUCUUGAAAGGAAAGGGCAUGAGAUGCAGCUACUCAUGCAGGGAGUUGCCCACACGCAUGCUGGCCCAGCUGCUCUCAGGGAAGGCACGUUCAGGACACAGCGUGGUGCGAAGGGACAGCCCUGGGUGCUGCUGCUGAGAGGGCGUGCUUGCGGUGAGCCUGCUAGGUAAGAUCAAACCAGUGGUUUUUUUGUCAGUGAAAAGUCUAGUUUCCUCCUGUAUUUUAGGGCAGCUCUUCAAAAGGAGGCUAUGGGCAGAGCUUCCCCUGGGCGUUAAAGGAAGCUGCUUUACAGAAGGGUUUUCCAGUAUGCAAAGUACGGCUGGAAGGAGGAGGGGGCUGUAAAGAGGUGCUGGCAGCGCAGCUUUAGGCAGGUCCCUGGAGAGUCUGAGCACCGCAGCUGCUUUUGGGUAUGCAGCGGUGCCUGACCUGGGUUUUCUGCAAGUGGGACUGGCCCAGGUAAAAUCCCUCAGUCCCACUCCUGUGCAAUGUGGGACUUGUGUACAGCCAGUGACGGUCGUUUUCUUGGGACUUAGCUCUGUGUUGCUGACUUCUGCUCUGACUUGCCAUCUGCUCCUCCUUGGCAGAGGAAUGGUUGUGUUUUUAUUUUGUAUCUUCGUGUGCUAUCUCUGUUUACACACAGUAGGUUUUUGAACUUGCUCUCUUCUUCGCAGCGUUUAGAGAUCGCAGUUCUCAAUGUUCAUGGCAAAAAUAAGUUGUUCUCUUGAUUCUAGUUUAAAUCAAGCAAAAUGUUGGUUUUCCUGGCUGGUACAACAAAAAUGGCUAAUUUUUAAGAAAAAGCUGUAAACGGUUCUCUUAGGGUGGCUUUAAAGUGGUUCUCUCUUCUGUAUGAGAAUUUCUUUCUUCGCUUGUGUCAUGAAGACACUUGAUAACACUAUUAGAUUUGUUGCUCCUGCUAGGUCUCAUUUAAGUCCUGGGGUGCCCCAAAGAGCCCAGCCUGUACAAUUCACCUUGCAACAGCACCAAGGCCAUGACUGAUGAAGCUCUUCAUUUUCUCAUAGCACUUGAUCAGAUCUGGGAAUUAAAUAUUUCAUCUGCUCCACUGAAUUUUAAAAAAGCUUUGGGGAGGUGGCUAAGAUUGAAGUAGCUGAAAAUCAUGGUACCAUGAACUAGUGUGGUUAGUGUUUAGUUUUAGCACAAUUCUCUCAGCAAUACUGUCAUUUCCUCCCUUACCAGCACUGCGUUUGUCUUACCAAAAUGGUUGCUUACAGAAUGAAAAACUGAGAACCUUUCUUACUGUAGAUAGCUUGACCGUAUUCUUGGAAGUUUGUAUAUGGUGUUUAAUUGUAAUUGUAUCAGCAGCUCUGUCAUAUCUUACCAAACUUCCAACUUUUCUAGCCACUUGCAAGGAAACAGCAGUUCAGGCUUGCUUUCUUUAAUUCCUUCAUAAGUGACAGAUACAAAAUAGCUGACUGAUGCCUGGACCAAGCGCCAGGUGUGCUCUGGCCAGGUCUAAUGUUGUCUUAUGUGAACUACUGAUUAAAGAGGCUGGUUUGUAACUUUAGGGGGUCUUGUACUUUUAUACUCUGUCAACAGAAAAGCUUAAAAUGGCUGGAAGCUGGUCUGUAUUAGAAUGCAUUGAAUCAAAGUCAAGUUUUAUUUGACGUAGCAUCCCUUUUGCAUGCAGGUUGAUUGCUUUGAUAGUUCUUCAUUCGUGUUUAGGUUGCCCUGUGCAGCUGGUGAUUUGAGAUGCACCGCCUCUAACAGCGUGCUGAGGCUGAGAAAGCUUGAAGUUCAUUAGAUUACCUUAGUGAAACUGUGUAUGUCUCUAAUUAUUGGGAUAAUUACUGUUUUAUAAUCUCCUCGCGUAGAAGAAGUGCUCUUGUAUGACUGCAAGCUGUCUUAAUGAGUAGGUCACAAUGUGGCAAUUCUUUCUGGUGAACGCUGCCAGCUUUUUCUGAAACCUUUACUUCUUCCUAGUUUUGUUCUUUGGGGACAGCAUUGCAAGGGUUUAACACUGCCUGUUCUGAGAUCUCAGGCUGAUACCAGGACGAUCAACAUGGCAGGCUUCUGAAGCACGCAGUUACACUUUGGUUCAGCAAACAAUUGCAAGCAUGGGUGGUUUGAUUGCAGGGGCACAGUAGUGAUCGAAUCUGGGCAGAGAUUUUGAUUGCACUUGAGAUAAAUGUAUCCUGCUUAACACCUGUGAAACAGAGUCGUGCAGUGCUUGCUCCAGUUGUGUGUGCUGGUGUAACCAGAAUUUAUCUUCUCAGUUUGGAAACUGUUUAAUCUGUAGUCCAUUUGGAGACUCGGUAUAGAUUUGUGCUUAGAAAGGAAAAUAUGAGGCAGUCUGGGCACUUGGAGCAGUAAAUUGGUUUAGAAAAAUGUCUUCUGAUAGAGUGGGAGCUCCCUGCUCCUGUUUGUAAUACUUUGCUAAUUGAUAGCUGGAUUAUAAGUAAUGCUUUAAGAGAGAAAGAAUACCUAGUUUAAGCACUUAGUGCAAUGCAAUGCUCAGAUGUGAUUAACUGGAGAAUCUGAGUCAGUAUUUGGAAACGUCUCUAAAAUCACAUGGGUGUUUUGCAUGUAUUUCUGCAACUGAGUUUACCCUGCUUCUGUACUGCUUGGGUGUGUGUGGAUUCUGUUAUCUGGUUGCCUGCUGCCCCACCGAUAUGUCUGUAUGGGCACCACCAAGGGUAACUGUGCACCCUUCUAAUAGGAUUCUGUGAGUAUAAGUUCCAAGUGCAUGAUGUCUGUAUUGAAAGUACCACCAUCUGAAUGCUGCUUCUUAAAACUACCACCAAAAAAUGUGCCAGACUCACCUGAAUUCCAGUCUUCCCUUCUGUCUGAGAGCAGCUGGAAGUAUCUAAAGGGCCACUCUGCUCCCUGGCCCUCUCUGCCACUGUAUCUCAGUAGAUUCACCCUUCCUCAGCUGCCCAUACUGUACUUCAGUUUGAUUCUUUCACAGGACUGCUGCUCACUGCAAGGAUUUAAGCGGUCUCCUUAUUUUUCUGGUUGGUAAAUGCAGUUGCACGCAAAUAGCUAGCUUUCUUUAGAAAGAAUCUGUGCCAAGAGCUGUGAAGAACUUUGGGAAUUUGUCAGCUGUGGAUGUGUGAGGAGUUUCUUUCCUGAUAGAAAGAUAUUUUUCAGCGAGACAGUUCAGUCCCGUUCACUGGUUUGCUGUCUCUAAGGUCAGAAGAGCUGAUCUGUCCUCACCCAAGAACUUAUUGCUGCUUGUUAUGCCAUUAAUGCCAGUUCUGCAAGUGCUGGUGGUUAAAGCAGCAUGCAUUUUCACGGGAAUCAAGUAUUUCAUUACUGUCCCUUACCUCAUAAACACUUCAAACUUUUCCCCCUGUGCCUUUUGGAAACUCUUUCUGCUCUGUUAACCUUUCCCUUGGAUUACCAGGCAGGGUUUUUAAUCUAGUGUGUACGCUGGGUCACGUGUCUGCCUGAAGUACUGGAGGCACGUGCAGCUUCCUGGGUGAAGGGAGGAGUUCUCUGCUCUGUUUCCUCUACCAACGAGCAUCUUUUUAUUAGCAGGACAAAAUGAUGCAUGUCCUCGUUUCUUAGCUUUUUAUCUGUAUUUAAUUUGCUUCUAAUGUGCUUAUAGUCAGUGUCGUUACUUCCAAAUGAGUAGCUGCAGGUUACUGAGCUGUUCUACAGUUGAAAAAUUACUCAGAAGAAAGCGAGCCAGCAAGUCAAGAGACACAUUUUUCAGUUUAAAUUUGUGGAGUAUUUGUGGAGCUGCAGCUGGUGAGGGAGCUUAGAGUAAUGACAUCUGAAUGUUAUGAUCUCACUUUCUGGAUGAAUUUGCUUUAAUUCUGAUCUUGACAGGAAAACAAACAAAAAACCCACCCCAAUUUGUCAGUAAAGAAAAAGCGUUUUUAUUGAAAAAAUGAAUUUUAGCUUCUACUUACAGUUUAAUAAAAUUAUGGUAUAAAACCAUGUUUGAAGAGGUAGUUUUAGUAUCCUCAGACUGGUAGGCUUGUCCAGGUAGAUGCGUGGCACACAUGCAGGAGCGGCGAUGCCUGGCAUGGUACAGGCAACGGGCAUUUUCUCAAUCUGCGUUUUAUUGGUUUAAAAAGAUUAGCGUCAUUUUAAUUUGCUUUGUAAGAACUCGUUAUCGUUUAAAGUUUGGGCUCCAAAAUGAUGUGUAAUUUCUUGAAUUCCUAAGGUAAGGCUUCUGGAGGAGGACGGAGGCAAUGUUCUUAGAGUCCUUCCACCUUUGAUUUUGUUUGCUUCUUGUCUCCUGGGAAUGCCUGUAAGAGGAACGUGUGUAGGGAUUUCUGUCCUGGAGGCAAGACAGAAAGUAGCUGCCUUUCCAGGCUCGGAGGCAUAAGCACUUUAAGAGCUAUUUAAUAUUUCUGCUUAGAUUAUCCAAAUAUGCACUUAACAUGGCAGUCUGGUAUAAUUGUGAUAGAUGGACUAAAACAAAGAGGAAGUUUUGUUAAAUCAUAGCACCGGAUACUGCUGUUGCUGCAGUGAAAAACUAUUCAGUCCUGAAGUGUGUAAUAGCUUUUGGGUGAACCUGGGUUUUAGAAUAAAGAGGGAAGAAAGUUAAUAAAUCUGAAUGAUGUUACUGUUGGAAGAAAGGUGGUAUAUUCAGUGCUCUGAGGUGAGAAAGAAAUGGGGUGGCUCCUACUUCUGUUUCUAAAGCAUUUUUUUUUUCCUGUUGACUCUGGAUACUAAUUGUACUAAUUUUUAGCCUUGUCACAUAUCCCUUAGGAAUAGCAGCAGUGUGGUAGGAAGAAAUACUGCCUAUUUCUGAAUGGAAUUAUUUGCAGCUACUUCUUUGUCUCUAUUCUUUUCCUUCUGUAGACGUUUCACCAGGCUUCCCAAAUUAUGAUUUCUGCUUCUCUGGUGUGUUGCUAAUUUCUUUGAAAAGAUUUAUCUGCCCCAGUUGCUUUCCAGAAAAGAAAUAGGGAAUUUGAUCUUCUCUUUAUGAAUCUGGAAGCUACUGCUCCCAGCAGCAUGGGAAGUAGGACAUGAAGCUGGAGAGCGCCAACGAACCCAGUCUGUUUUUUGAAGCAGACCAACCUUGUGAAUCACUGUGCCUUGAAAAGUGCGAUACUGAAUGGCUGAAGCUCUGACUAAUGUGCUAACUACUAAAAGGAAGGUGCACAUUUAUUAGUGGAAUUUCAUGCUUUGAACCUUUUAUGGCUAUUUUCUUUGAGGUGUAUGCCACCCUUAUCUGUCCUAGGGAAGCUGUCAUCUUGUGAUAUAAGUUUUUUAAACUUUAGCAUGUGGCUGAAACACAUGAAUCUGCAGCAUAAUGCAAGAUCUGUUUCUUGUAGAUGUCCUAUCCACAGGGAAAGUGUUUUCAAAGGCUCGUGUUAUGUAUGACUUUGCUGCUGAGCCUGGAAACAACGAGCUGACCGUCAGUGAAGGGGAGAUCAUCACAAUUACCAACCCGGAUGUCGGUGGAGGGUGGUUAGAAGGAAAAAACAGCCAAGGAGAAAGAGGACUUGUCCCAACAGAUUAUGUUGAGAUUAUAACUGACGGUACAAAAGAUGGAAUUAGUUGUGGUAAUUCAUUAGCUGACCAAGCCUUUUUUGAUGCCCUCUCUUCAAAUACAGCUCAGACCAGCUCAGCUGCAAAAAGCAGUAAUCAGGUAAAUAAUGCCAGUGAUCCUUGGUCAGGCUGGAACAUUGGAAAGUCUGGGAACUGGGAUAAUGGAACCUCUGGUGACAGCUGGGCAACAAAACCUGAAAGUGCAGCUGGCCAGAGGAACAGUGCUUCAAAUAACUGGGAUACAGCAGCAACAUUUGGUCAUCCACAGGCAUAUCAAGGACCAGCAGCUGCUGAUGACGAUGAUUGGGAUGAUGACUGGGAUGACCCAAAAUCAUCUUCACCAUCUUACCUUGGCUACAAGGAAACCGAGUCGUCAGAGGCUGGGGGGUCCCAGCGUGGAAACUCUCGUGCAGCUGCUAUGAAGCUACCACUUAACAAAUUUCCUGGAUUUGCAAAACCUGGGAUGGAACAGUAUCUAUUGGCAAAACAGCUAGCAAAACCAAAAGAGAAGAUUCCCAUCAUUAUUGGUGAUUAUGGCCCAAUGUGGGUUUAUCCUACCUCUACGUUUGAUUGUGUGGUGGCAGAUCCCAAAAAAGGUUCAAAAAUGUAUGGUCUCAAGAGCUACAUUGAGUAUCAGCUGACCUGCACUAACACUAAUCGAUCUGUCAACCACAGAUACAAGCAUUUUGACUGGUUGUACGAGCGUCUCCUGGUUAAAUUUGGAUUAGCCAUUCCAAUCCCAUCUCUUCCAGACAAGCAAGUAACAGGGCGCUUUGAAGAAGAAUUUAUCAAAAUGCGUAUGGAGAGGCUGCAAGCUUGGAUGACAAGGAUGUGUCGCCAUCCUAUUGUUUCAGAAAGUGAAGUUUUCCAGCAAUUUCUCAAUUUCCGAGACGAGAAGGAGUGGAAAACUGGAAAGCGGAAGGCAGAAAAAGAUGAAACUGUAGGAGUCAUGAUCUUUUCCACAAUGGAACCAGAAGCUCCUGACCUCGACAUGGUAGAAAUAGAACAGAAAUGUGACGCAGUGGGUAGGUUCACCAAAGCAAUGGAUGAUGGAGUUAAAGAGCUGCUGACAGUGGGACAAGAGCACUGGAAGAGGUGUACAGGGCCACUACCCAAGGAAUACCAGAAGAUUGGAAAAGCACUGCAGAGCCUGGCACUGGUCUUUAGCACUAGUGGUUACCAAGGGGAAUCUGAUCUCAAUGAAGCAAUAACAGAAGCAGGAAAAACCUAUGAAGAAAUCGCCAGUCUUGUAGCAGAUCAGCCAAAGAAAGAUCUGCACUUCCUGAUGGAAACGAAUCAUGAAUAUAAGGGAUUUCUUGGUUGCUUCCCUGACAUCAUAGGAGCUCAUAAGGGAGCAAUAGAAAGAGUGAAGGAAAGUGAUAAAUUAGUUGCAACCAGUAAAAUAACACCACAGGACAAACAGAAUAUGGUGAAACGUGUGAGCACAAUGGCUUAUGCACUACAAGCUGAGAUGAAUCACUUCCACAGUAACCGGAUUUAUGACUACAACAGUGUCAUUCGUCUUUAUUUGGAGCAGCAGGCACAGUUUUAUGAAACGAUUGCACAGAAGCUGAGGCAGGCACUCAGCCGCUUUCCUGUGAUGUAGAGAAUAAGGAGUAGUCAACAAUGAAGAACAGCCACCUUGAAGUGCUUUUCUGAUUUGGGGGCAAUGCCAAUAAAAACCUGUUAGCCUUUGCCAGCCAAAAAACUAAUCAGUUAUGGGGGGAAAAAAAAGCAUUAUAUAAAAUGUUUACUUUAUCAACCUGAAUCCAGAAGAUAACAUUCUUUUUAUCUUGAAUGCUCUCCCCUUUGUGUCAUUAUUUAAGCAAAAACAGCUAGAUAAUGCUGUUGGUUGUAGGGUUCUAAAUCAUCAAACUGGUAUAUUGCCAUGGACCUCAUGCAGACUUGCUUCUAUCAGGUGCUAUUCCAAAAAUUCUUUGUCGGCAUCAGAAUCAAAAUUUUUUAAGUGAGGAAGUGGAUGAGCUUGGGAAAACGAUUUCCUACUCAUUAUACUCAGUUGUCUAGCAAUUCAGUAGCCAGGAGGGAUUGUAUUUGUGACUAUUUCUGGUAUAUGUUCAUGGUAAUAUCCUGAGUGAACACUUGUUCUAAGUUCUGCUUCCCAUACGUGGCCAUGGCAUACUGUUCCCACUGUGACUUCUGGUAAAUAUAAUUCGCUCUUCUUUCUUCUUUUCUUUGUAACUAAACCUUUUUCUCGUGGCACAACACCUCAGAGCUUAUGUCGGGCUCUUUCUUUCUCGCUAUGCACUGUGUAAAAAGACAAAGUACAAACAAGGAAAGAGCCAUUCAGGAAGGUGUGAAAAACAGUUUUCCAUGCCAGCAUUUUGACACCCACACAAUGUUAGGCCAUAUGGCACUGGUGUUCCUCAGAGCUGUACCUCUUUGAGAGUUCUAAGCCUUUCAGUAAAGGGGACCCUCAUGUCUACACAAACCGAUAUAAGUCCUCCAGUUCCGGCAGAGCUCAGGUCUUCACGUAGCAGUAUGGUGUGCUGUUGGCUUGGGUUUGCUUUCUGUUGCCUUCUAAUGCAAACUGAAAGGUGACAAAGGUACCUCAGUUAUCACACAAAUGUACUUUGAUCAUCAUAUCUGAAGUUGAAAUCACCUUUCUUAGUACUAAAAUAUCACCUGGGGCCUGGGCUUUUCAGAACAGCGCUGUUCUAAGUGGGCACCAACUACAGUAAUUCAUUUAAUGCCAUAAGCAAUCCAAAAAGCCAAAGUGCAAUUUUUUAUUUUUUAUUUUUGGCAAAAAAAUGACUAGAAUAUAAACAUUUUAGCAAACCUUUAAAACAAAGGCAUUUUCCCAUAAGCCAUUCUAAGAGACGGGUACAGUCUGCUGGUUGAAUAGUUGCCUUACUCUAUUUUGCAUUGGUGUUAUUUUUGUGUGCUAGAAGGAAAAUCAAGGUCUGCCUGAAUAACCUGAAACCAAAACAUAAGAGACUUUAGCCUAAGUCCAGAUGCUUUUCAGUGUCAUGGGUUUUGUUCACGUUUUAUAAACCUUGUCUUUUUCUCCUCCCAAUUUUAGUUGUUCGCUUCCAAAAUUCCGUAGCGCAGUGUUGUUUGAUACAGCCAUUUAAAUAUGUACAAAUUGUAAAGAAUGUGUAUAAAUGUUUUACACCAAAUGUAAGAACUGCUUGCAUGCUGAAGCAGCUUAUAUAAUAAAUUGUUACCAUGUGUACAGUACACUCUGAAAUCACUUUUUCAAGCCAGCAUUUUUUUAGCCUUUGUAUAUUCACUUUUGGUAAUGAAAUCUCUUUGUAAUGAAUUCUUUAUUUGGGAGGGGGAAGGGGGGUUCUUUUUACCAAUCUUUGAAUAGCUCCGUAUGCACUAAAGUUGAAGGUUCUUUACCUUGAAUAGGUUGUUUUGGAAUCUACAUGUAAGCUGUGCGUUCCCGGUGCAGGGAAGCUGUGACAGUAGCGACUGUGUCAGAGAUGCAACGUUUUGGCAAAAAAAGGAAAACUGUUUAAGGACUUCUAGUAAAAUGAAGUACAACUGUUAAUAAAUAUUUAUGUAUACCCACGA